AUUCAUAUCAGCUCGAAGCAGAAUUUGCAGUAUGGUUGGCUGGCUUAUAUGCUGGGAGACAGAGCUACAAAAAGGUUCACUCAGUACAGCAAAAUCUUUACAGUGGAGGGAAACUUAUCUUCUGGGAAGGGCAAACUUGCACAAAAAAUAGCAGAAAAAUUCGGAAUGAAAUAUUUCCCAGAAGCAGACAUCUGUUACCUAAACAGAAUCACAGGAGAUGGAACGUUGCUGCAUGAGAAAUUCAAUGGUUUCUGUAACCUGGAGAGAUUUUACAAUGAUCCAAAAUGCCCUGAUGGACACUCUUAUCGACUGCAAGCGUGGCUGUUUGGUAACCGUGUUUUACAGUAUGCUGAUGCGUUGGAGCAUCUGCUGAGCACAGGACAAGGCGUGGUGUUAGAGCGCUCUCCCUACAGCGACUUUGUGUUUCUGGAUGCGAUGUUUAAAGAAGGCUAUAUCCACAAGCGAUGUCUUGAUCACUACAAGGAGAUCAAAGAGAUCAGCAUUUGUGAAUUCCUGCCGCCUCAUGCGGUCAUUUAUAUAGAUGUACCCGUCCCAGAGGUGCAGAAGAGGAUUCAAGAGAAAGGCAAGCCAUAUGAGAAAAAGGUGUCUCCUUUGUAUCUCCAGAACAUUGAGGAUGCUUACAAGAAAACCUUCUUGCCAGAGAUCAGUGAGACCAGUGAAGUUCUGCAGUACACAGGAGUUGAGGCAGAGGAUGUGGAGAAGGUGAUUGAAGACAUCGAAUACCUGAAGUUUGACAAGGGGCCAUGGCUGGAACAGGAUGAUGUUUCUUUCCAUCAUUUGAGACUUUAUGUUCAGGACAAAGACGGAGUGCUGGAUCCUGUAGCCAUCCCGCGCUUCAUUCCAGAAAUCACAAUUGGAGGCAGUGAAUAUGAUAAAGUCUAUUACGAGUAUCGAUCGCUUCCUGGUCGCAAUUUUAAGCAAGGCUACAAUGCUGAUGUUGGUGACAAGUGGAUCUGGCUGAAAUGAGAUCUGCCUCCCCUUGGAGCCCGAACCACCAUGGACCACAGAACUUGAGGGAAGAAACUGCAUUCAGUGUGCCUGCUCCGCAUCAGUUGUGUAGUGCGAAGAAAACACUGGUUAAAUCAUCUGCCAGCUACAGCAUAAGAGAAUAGACUUCUAGAAAGGAAAUCACUUUAUUCUGGUUUGUUCUCCCCUGAUGAAUUCAGGGUGCUUUGUCUUUGGAUGUCAGAUAGUUGAUGUGUGAUAGCAAAGUGGUCUGGUAUUGCGGGGGCAGACUUAAGAUCAAUGCUGAACUUUCUCUUCAUCAAGACUGUGGCAUGUUAUUAUACAGGAUUAUUGUUGUUUUGCUGAAUCCGGAGAAAUUAAACCUGUAUCCUCCUGG